CUCCUAAUUGCUCCUUUAGCAGAGCCGCCUAGCAACACCAUGGACAUCGGCACUGCAAUUUUAAUAAUUGGCUUCGCUGCUCUUGUUGCUGCCUUCCUCCUUCUGGUAAUUGGACUUGUGUACUCUGAGCUGAUGAAUUCAGACAUUCCUCAUGGGGUUGCAAAUAGUAGGAAACUGCACAUGGUUCAUGGCUUGUUUGUUGGCAUAGCAAUUGUGGGUCGGAUCCUACAUCGUCUCGGUAUUUGCCAUCAAGUCAGCUUCAUCCGAUGGUUUGUUGCUUGCUUUCUGAAUCGUGUCAAUCCAGUUUGUCCCGGCCUACGAGUGAAGGAUCUUAAAUUUUCCGAAGUGCCAGUACGAAUCUAUGAGCCCACCGCUGUCUGUAAUGGUUUGAGAAGAGGUUUUGUGUAUUUCCAUGGAGGAGGAUGGGUACUGGGCAGCAUAGAUUCUGCUGAUGAAGUCUGUCGGUACAUCGCUCUGGGCUCUGACACCACUGUAGUUUCUGUUGGGUACCGAUUAGCCCCUGAGCACAGGUACCCUGCCCAGCUGGACGAUUGUGAGACAGCGACGUGUCACUUCCUGUCUGUGGCUGAGGCAGAGUUCAGCGUGGACUCUCACCGAGUGGCAGUUGGAGGGGACAGCACUGGGGCUAACCUGGCAGCAGCGCUGUGCCAAAGGCUGGCCAGGAAAGAGGAUGGACAUCUGCUGUUCCCUUGCGCUCAGGUCCUUAUCUACCCAGCCCUGCAGAUGGCAGAUUUCAACCUGCCCUCAUACCAGCAAAAUCAUGCUGUGCCCAUAUUGUAUCGUGGCCGGAUGGCGUUCUACUUCCUGCAGUACCUCGACGGGGAUGUGUCUCUGUGCCAAGAUUUGCUGGAAGGGAAUCACGUCCCCACUGAACUUAGGCAACGCUACAAGAAUUGGCUCUCCCCUUCCAACCUACCCCCCGAGUGUCUUUCUCGGGGUUUCUCUGAGCCCCCGACCCCAGAAUACGACGGAGAGAUAUACCACGCGAUCAAAGCCGGUUUGGAACCCGAGGUUUCCCCUCUACUGGCAGACGACGCCGUCAUUCAGAAAACCCCUUCCGCCUUUAUCCUCACCUGUGAAUACGACAUCCUGAGAGAUGACGGGGUUCUGUUUCGAAAACGUUUGCUAGACCUACAAAAAGAUGUCUCGUGGCAACAUGUGAAUGAUGGUUUUCAUGGUGUGAUCAAUUUCUUUAACCAAGGUUGGCUCAGCUUUCCUGCUGCGGUCAGAGUUUUAGAUCAUGUUGUUGACUAUGUAAACACACUUUAA